AAUAUUGAACUGGUAUAGGAAUAAUAAUAUCAUACUUUCUUGGGCGAGGCUGGAUAAUUGUCCAAAUUAUUAUUACCAACCAACUUUAAUUGUUCAGUUAAAAUUAAGGGCGUCAUUAUAUAAAUCACGUCGCCAAGAUGACGAUGCACUCAUCCAUUAAGGGGAAACUUAUCGCAGUAAUUGGCGACGAGGACACCUGCGUUGGAUUUCUGCUUGGUGGCAUCGGUGAAAUUAAUAAGAAUCGGCAGCCUAACUUUAUGGUGGUGGAUAAGAACACAAGUGUAUCUGAGAUUGAAGAAACUUUCAAAAAGUUUAUCCGCCGGGAUGACAUUGACAUUAUUUUGAUAAGUCAAAAUAUCGCAGAAAUGAUCCGUCACGUUAUCGACAGUCACACAAAUCCUGUCCCGGCCGUGUUAGAAAUCCCGUCGAAAGAUCAUCCCUACGAUCCCACGAAAGAUUCCAUUCUCCGCCGAGCGAGAGGAAUGUUCAAUCCGGAAGAGUUUCGAUAAGAUCUUAUCCUAUUUACUUGUUCAUCAUGCUGAAAUUAUUCCUCCAAGAAACAUUCCAAUUUCCAAUCCAGCCUCGGAACUAUACAUAAAGUGAACGAGUUAUGUACUGUGCGGGUGGAGCUUAAACCUACGGCCUCCUGAAGUACCUUGUGCUGAGACUAGGGUUUCUCGUGAGUUUAGCUCCAUUCGCACAGCACAUAACUAACUCACUUCAAGUAUAGUCUCGUCUUGUAGCUAAUUAUAUAAUCAAUAAUAUAAACGACUUGUGAUCUGAUUAUUAUUCGUCAGUUAAAAAAUUUAAUAUGUAUGUUGUAUGUAGUUUUAAAAAAACUACGUAUAAAUAUGUAAGCAAUGGAUAACUUGUUAUCUUGGACCUUAGUAUCUUAGGCAAAUAUCGCGUGAAAUAUGUAUCUUUUUCUGGUAGAAGUUUAGCACGGAAUUAGAAAAUGUGUAGUUAGUUAGUUAAUCAACUUUAUGUGGUCUGGUUUAAAUAAUUAUGCAAAUUGAAAAAUAAUAUGCAAAUUAUGGGAAACAAUCUA